UCCGCAGCCAUUCGCGCCAGCUUCCGACUGCGCCAAGCCCUUUCUUCUAGCGUCGUCGGAACGGAACAACCCCAGCCCCGUCCCUGGCCUAAAACCAAAACUUCUGCGCGCCCGAAGCUUCUGCUUGUUCCUUCGUCCAUCAUCACGCUUCAAUGUUCGCCAUGAUACGAGAUGGAUGACAUGACGGUAUGGCCUCCAGUCUGGACCGCCAUGGGGCAAGGACUGCCUGAUAACUCCAACAAUCCUGCGCUUACUCUGGUACGGCCUCAAGCGUUACGAGACUUCAUACCUUGAAGGGCAAAUGUGCCGUAUAGACCACUUUGCGCGGGAUUUGUUGGGGUUAUCGGGCUGUAGCAUAUAAUGUAAGACUUUUAUUUUCUUCACCACCCGGGCGCUUUCAUGAUGAGCAACUCUUAGUACUAUCAAAUACCGACCUACCAGUGGGGAUUUAUUUUGUUCGAUUACCUGAUAUCCAUUCCUUCUCGCAAGCUUUCUUGGUUCAUGGUUGCGCAUUGGUGCUAACAAGUUUCAAGGUCCUUCUUCCUUGAUCUUCUGGAUAAGUGUUGACUAAUCUUGGGGGCAUGUUUCAGGUUGUGUUCUGGUACGUUAUAUUAUUUUGUCUACGUCUCACGCCCAUUGCAUGAUGAUCAAAAUACUCCAUGCUAACACCGAGGGGGCAACCCUGAUGUUGGAAAAAAUACUAUCAACUCUGUAUGAUGUACAGUUUGAAGAGAGCCAUACAAGCGUCGCGAUGGAUACCUGGUAUCGGAGAAUAUAUUCAUCACUUUUUGGUCAUCACCGUAGCUUAGAAAAUUCGAAUGUGAAUGAUGUAUGCUGCAGCAAGAACUUUUCCUUGUGCGAUUGA